CCAAACCACUACAACAGAGGAACAAAAAGGGGCGGAGGGUUUAGAGGGCAUGUUUAAAACUUGCUUGGAUAAAGAGGCAGGAGACUGGAGAUACUCUGCCAGAGACAUACAGAGUUAUACAUUCACUUGUGUUUCAGCAAGCAGGUCACCGAUCAGUUGCAAGAUAAGCUCAGACUCUGAACUGUUCUUGAUUUGGACAAGAAGUCACAGACACUGAAGCUACAGAGGCCAGAGUGAUGGGGAUACAUCCGACUCUGGCAUUCUUCCUGCUGUUUUCUGCAACUCUGUCUUCCAGCUGUGAUGGUGGGAAAGUGCUGGUUUAUCCUAUAGAUGGGAGCCACUGGCUGAACAUGAAAAUCCUUGUGGAGGCACUUCAUUCAAGGGGACAUCAAAUCACUGUGAUACGUACCUCCACCAGCUGGUAUGUUUCUGAAUUCUCACCCCAUUACACCUCCAUCACGGUCAUCCAGGAACAACCCCAAAACAUAGAAAGCCAAGACUUCAUGACCUCUUUCUUGGAAAGGUCACUUGAGAUCCACCGGAAUGAAGGUUCCCUAUGGGCAUUUUUUGAAUUUUAUAGCAAUGUUUUCAGCAUGGUCGGAGAAAGUCAUAAAGCUGUGGCAAAAGUGGUCAACAGCAUCUUUGAGAAUAAGACAAUGAUUAGGGAGCUGAAUGAAACUGGAUAUGAUCUUUUCCUGACUGACCCUGUUUUUCCAGCUGGAGUGAUUUUGGCACACUAUUUCCAGCUUCCCUUGGUUCUCAAUGUGCGCUGGAUUACCAUUGGGGAGGCACACUUUGCCAUCGCUCCAUCUCCACUGUCCUACAUUCCUGUAUUAUUUUCCCAAUACUCUGACAAGAUGGACUUUUUUCAAAGAAUCAAUAAUCUAAUCUAUCACGGCAUGUUGAUUUACAUGCACUACUAUGUCUCCAUUCCACCAUACCAGCCUAUAUGCGACCAUUAUUUUGGAAAAGGUGUCACUGCCAUGACUCUAACACAAGAAGCUGAUCUCUGGCUAAUGCGGGUUGACUUUACUUUCGAGCUCCCUCGUCCCACCAUGCCCAAUGUUGUCUACAUCGGAGGCUUCCAGGGUAAGCUUUCGAUGCCGCUUCCACCACAUUUUGAAGAUUUUAUGGAGAGUUCUGGUGAACAUGGGGUAAUCGUCAUGACCCUGGGGACCUUGCUUGGUGACCUCGGCCCUGAGAAAUCAGAGAUCAUUGCCUCAGCAUUUGCCAGCCUCCCUCAGAAGGUUGUGUGGAGACAUGUUGGGAAAAGACCAGUCUCUCUGGGAAACAACACUAUGCUGGUUGAAUGGCUGCCUCAAAAUGAUAUACUAGGUCACCCUAAAACAAAGGUUUUCAUCACACAUGGGGGCACUAAUGGCCUCUAUGAGGCCAUCUACCACGGGGUUCCAGUUUUGGGCAUUCCUCUCAUCUUUGACCAGUAUGACAACAUGGUGCGCAUGAGGGCCAGGGGGGUGGCUGAGAUAGUUGAGGUGACAACACUGGAUGUUGAGUCUUUCACAAGCGCUCUGAAAAAUAUUCUCAACCCAGAAAAGGCCUACAAGCAGAAUAUGCUCAAACUGUCACAGCUUCAUCAUGACAAACCAAUGAAACCUCUUGACAGUGCAGUUUUCUGGAUGGAGUACGUCAUGAGGCACAAGGGUGCAGCACAUCUGCGCACGGAGUCAUAUAAGCUACCAUGGUAUGCCUAUUAUUGUGUAGAUGUGAUGGCAGUUUUCAUAGCUUUUGGGUUGAUUAUCACUGCAUUGUUCUGGGUUUCCUGUAGAUGUUUCAUAAGAUGUUUGAUGAGAACCAAGAAGUCCAAGCAAGAAUAGUAACAUGAUGACAAUGGAAGCAUGGCACUGUAAGUGUUCUAAAAACUUUGGGAUAGCAGCAAUGAAUAACUUUUAGGAUUUGGAUAGAUAGCUUUCUAACCCAAAGGCCAACAUUUUAAAAAAGUUGUUGUGUAAUUUAAAAUUAAAGAACGGAAACAAAUGGCCUAUUUUUCCAUACAAACAUGUGCCUGUUUAUAUUAUGAUCCUUGCAAAAGUUUCACAUUGUUAUUCUUAUUAUUGCUUUCAGUCAUUUCCGUGAGUCAUCAUGAUUUUGUAUGUUGCAGUGCUUGCAAUUACAAAAUAUUGUCAAAAUAAAGCCAUCUUUGUUUUU